UGGAAACAAAGUGAAAUUUUGACAGCAGCAUGGAUGUUGAUAGAUCCAGCAAAAACACUUGAUCUGAUACUCAGGGACCAAUAUGUAUCACUGAUGAGUUUUUCCAAAAUAAAAAGCGAAAAUAGAGUCUCAAGAGGACCUAAAUAUCAAGUUGAGCACAUUCCUGAACCCUCUGAGUAUUGGAUAGCAGAGAUGGAAAGUAAAGGAGAUAGUUGACUUGAAACUAGUGUAAAAGUGCUGAGAUUCAAACAAGACCCAGAAAAAGAAAUUCAAUGAAAUAUGGUAUGGGAUCCUUCAAGAUUAAGUUCUUCUGAAGUUGACAAUUACCUAGAAGAAAUCAAGAAGGUGUGGCCUUUCAAUGAAUUCAGCUACAGUGAAGAACUCGCUCUUUAUUAUCUGUACCUGAAUAAUUACGACAUUAUAAGAACUCUUCUUAGCGUUGUCUACAAUACCGACGAGCUGAGAUAUUUAUAUAAAACAUGGUACAACAGGGCGGGGACCUUCACCAACGACAUCCUUGUCCAACCCGUGAAGAGAAUUAUCGGCAAUGGAGACAACAAAAGAGUCUUACGGACGCUUAAGCAAAGGGUAGACUACACUGAAGGAACCACUCCAAGGCCUUAAUAAUUUCAUCUAAGCUUGCACUUG